AUGAACGUGGAAGAUAUUAAUAAAGCUAGAGCCGCUGUUCCAUUUAACAGGGAACAGCUUGAAAGUGUUUUGAGAGGUAGAUUCUUUUAUGCACCAGCUUUUGACUUGUACGGUGGUGUUUCUGGUUUAUAUGACUAUGGUCCACCAGGAUGUGCAUUCCAAAAUAACAUUGUUGACGCCUGGAGAAAGCACUUCAUCUUAGAAGAAGAUAUGUUGGAAGUUGACUGUACUAUGUUGACUCCAUAUGAAGUUUUGAAAACAUCUGGUCACGUUGACAAAUUCUCUGAUUGGAUGUGUAGAGAUUUGAAGACAGGUGAGAUUUUCAGAGCUGACCAUUUGGUUGAAGAAGUCUUGGAAGCCCGUUUGAAAGGUGAUCAAGAAGCUAGAGGUUUGGUUGACGAUGCCAAUGCUGCUGCCAAAGACGACGCCGAAAAGAAGAAGAGGAAAAAGAAAGUUAAGCAAAUAAAGGCUGUUAAAUUGGAUGAUGACGUUGUAAAAGAAUAUGAAGAAAUUUUGGCUAAAAUUGAUGGUUAUUCCGGUCCAGAGUUAGGCGAGUUGAUGGAAAAAUAUGACAUUGGUAACCCAGUCACUGGUGAAACUUUAGAAUCUCCAAAAGCUUUCAAUCUAAUGUUUGAAACUGCUAUCGGCCCAUCUGGUCAAUUGAAGGGAUAUUUGAGACCAGAGACUGCACAAGGGCAAUUUUUGAACUUUAACAAGUUAUUAGAAUUCAACAACAGUAAGACUCCUUUUGCCUCUGCUUCUAUCGGUAAAUCAUUUAGAAAUGAGAUUUCCCCAAGAGCUGGUCUAUUGAGAGUUCGUGAAUUUUUAAUGGCGGAAAUCGAGCAUUUCGUCGAUCCAUUAGAUAAAUCUCACCCAAAAUUCGAUGAAAUCAAAAAUAUCAAGCUUUCCUUUUUGCCUCGUGACGUUCAAGAAGCUGGCUCUACUAAACCAAUUGUUAAGACAGUUGGUGAAGCCGUCGCUUCAAGAAUGGUUGAUAAUGAAACUUUAGGUUAUUUCAUUGCCAGGAUUUACCAAUUCUUAAUGAAGAUUGGCGUUGAUGAAUCUAAAUUGAGGUUCCGUCAACAUAUGGCCAAUGAAAUGGCUCAUUAUGCUGCUGACUGUUGGGAUGGUGAAUUGAAGACCUCUUACGGGUGGAUUGAAUGUGUCGGCUGUGCUGAUAGAUCUGCUUACGAUUUGACCGUUCAUUCCAAAAAGACCAAAGAAAAACUGGUUGUUAGACAAAAAUUAGAAAAUCCAAUUGAAGUCACUAAAUGGGAAAUUGAUUUGACAAAAAAGUUAUUCGGUCCAAAAUUCAGAAAAGAUGCACCUAAAGUUGAGUCCCACUUAUUGAACAUGUCUCAAGAUGACCUCGCUGCCAAAGCUGAAUUAUUGGAGGCAGAUGGUAAGUUUACUAUAAAGGUCGAUGGCGUGGACAAGGAAGUCGAAUUGGACGAUAAAUUAGUUAAAAUUGAACAAAGAACGAAGGUUGAACAUGUUAGAGAAUAUGUUCCAAGUGUCAUUGAGCCAUCUUUUGGUAUUGGCCGUAUUAUCUACUCUGUUUUCGAACACUCUUUCUGGAACAGACCAGAAGACAAUGCCAGAAGCGUUCUUUCCUUUCCACCUCUGGUUGCUCCAACAAAGGUUUUAUUGGUUCCUUUAUCAAAUCACAAAGAUUUGGUUCCUGUUACCACGGAAGUCUCCAAGAUCUUAAGAAAGUCCCAAAUCCCAUUCAAGAUUGAUGACUCUGGUGUUUCAAUUGGUAAAAGAUAUGCCCGUAAUGAUGAAUUAGGUACUCCAUUUGGUGUCACCAUUGACUUUGAAUCCGCUAAGGAUCAUUCUGUUACUUUGAGAGAAAGAGAUUCUACCAAGCAAGUCAGAGGUUCUGUUGAAAGCGUCAUCGAGGCAAUCCGUGAUAUCACUUACAAUGGUGUUUCCUGGGAAGAAGGUACCAAGAACUUGGUUCCUUUUGUUGCUCAAACUGAAACUGAGACUGAAUAA